CCGUGGAGGCCCUCGGUCGUGGGAUAUAUUCGCAAGGCGAGGCUUCGCGCGUGCACGCCACGAAAACCACCGUUGUUAUCCAGCUGAAAGAAAUAAAAACAGGGCCGCCGUCCAUUUCUUUUUCUGCGAUCGAUAAUGAGCAUCGAGGGUAAGAUCGCGAUCGUAACCGGUGGAGCGAACGGAAUCGGCUUCUGCACCGCUCGUAAGCUACUUCGAAAUGGGGCGAAGGCGGUGGCUCUGUUGGAUUUAAGCGAUUCUGGUGGUGAGAGCGCAGCUGCAGAUUUAAACAACGAAUUUGGAAAGGACAGAGCCAUUUUUAUUGCCUGUGAUGUAUCAAAGAACGAGCAAUUUCAAGAAUCGUUCAAGAAGGUUAUUGACACGUAUGAAACUUUAAACAUUCUUGUAAAUAUCGCGGGUAUUAUGGAUGAUGCAGAUUGGGAAAUUAUGGUCGAUAUUAACUACAAAGGUAUCGUUUAUGGAACUAUCUUAGGGUUGCACACAAUGGGAAAAUAUAAGGGUGGCAAUGGUGGUAUUAUCGUGAACAUGUCUUCUGUAGCUGGUCUCGAAGGUAUCCCUAUAGCGCCUAUUUAUGGCGGAACACAGUACGCCAUUGUUGGAUUCACUCAAUCAUUGAAGCAUUAUUAUGAAAAAACUGGCAUCCGCAUGUUGACGAUAUGUCCUGGAUUGACAACCACAGCUAUGGCUGCCAGAUUCAUGUCCACCAAAGAACAUGCUAUGGAUCUUCUCGACGAAGAAACAGCGGCUAUGGCGAUGGUCACUAUGCAAAAACAACCGCCGGAACACGUAGCAAGUGCCAUUAUCCAAUUAAUCGAGCAGGGGGCGAAUGGCGCAAUAUUCGUUAUCGAAAAUAAUCAACCUCCUUAUGCAGUCGAAUUUCCUAGUUAUACCACUUUAAAAGUCUCUAUAUAAAUGAAACCAGAGAUAAAUUUGGUCUAAACAAUUAUCAAUUUGUUAUUAAUUUAAUUGAUAUAAAUUUAUAACUUACAUAUUAUACAUUUAUUAAUUUAUUAUUUGUGAAAGAUUCGAAUUAAUAUUAAAUGGUUAUUUAAUGUUUAUUAAAAAUUCAUAAUAAACUAUUCUUUUUUAAUGAAAAUUAUACCUGAAUUGAUAAUUAAUGCAGAAUCUUCUCAAAAGAGUAUUGAGAUUUUUACGAUUGAAAAUAUUUUAUAUUCAAUAUUUUAUUUCU